AUGCCGUCCUUCUCUGCUGGCGCCUCAUCAAAGCAGCAGCACUUCGCGAGAUGGAGGCAGCUGAUUCAGCAACAACGAAAGUCGCUCCCCAUUGCGUCAGUGGAGAAGAGGCUAGUUGAGGAGGUGAGGAAGAACGACACAGUGAUCAUUGUUGGCGAGACUGGGAGUGGCAAACCUACUCAGCUUCCACAAUUUUUGUACGAUGGCGGUUUUUGUCAGGAUGGUAAAGUCAUUAGCAUCACUCAGCCUCGAAGAGUUGCAGCUGUUACAGUAGCAAAGCGUGUAGCGGAGGAAUGCAACGACCAGCUGGGCAAAAAGGUUGGAUACUCCAUCAGAUUUGAUGAUUCCACAUCCAAUGCAACAAGGAUUAAGUACAUGACUGAUGGUUUGCUUCUGAGGGAAGCACUUUUGGAUCCAUUCUUGUCUAAGUAUAGUGUUAUAGUUGUUGAUGAGGCUCAUGAAAGAACUGUUCAUACAGAUGUCUUGUUGGGUUUGUUGAAAAAAGUGCAGCAUUCACGAGCUAAUGCCAAUAAAAAUGGGAAGAUUUUGCCUGAUGUACAGGGCCAUUCUCAAAAUUUAACUCUUAAGGCAUGCCAGGGAACAAGAUGUGCUCCUCUAAAGCUGAUAAUUAUGUCUGCUAGUUUGGAUGCUAAGUGUUUUUCUGAUUAUUUUGGUGGUGCUAAAGCUGUGCAUAUUCAAGGUCGGCAAUAUCCAGUUGACAUACUAUACACUUAUCAGCCUGAGUCGGAUUAUAUGGAUGCCACAUUAGUUACUAUCUUUCAGUUGGCUUAUAGACUAGGAAAGAAAAUAGAAAUCUACAUAAAUGGGACUUCCGGAAGAAAGGGGAAAAAGCUUCAGAAAACAUGA